CUACGAUCUGCGAACCGUUUUGAAAACGCACUCGGUUCGAACACUGUAGGUUCGAAAAAUGAAAACACACUCGGUUCGAAAAAUGAAAACGCCUAAAUCUCUUAGGUUAUGAAAAUCAAAACAAGAAAAAAAUGGGCCUUGGGAAAAGAAUAAUUUUCCACUCCAAAACAAUAUUGCCAAGAAGAAACUACUCAAAACUAUCAAAAAAUAGCCCGCAAUGGAAAAGUGUAGUCGGUCUGGAAGUUCACGCACAAAUCCAAUCAGAAACCAAAUUGUUUUCCGGGUCCCCAACGAAGUUUUCGAGCCCCGUUAAUUCCAAUGCGGCCCUUUUUGAUAUAUCGACCCCUGGCACGCUUCCUGUUUUGAAUAAACGCUGUGUAGAAGCAGGAGUUUUAACCGCCUUAUCUUUAAACUGCAAAGUUAACCCUGUGUCGUAUUUUGAUAGAAAACACUAUUUUUAUGCUGACAUGCCUUCGGGUUAUCAAAUAACCCAACAGAGAGCUCCCCUGGCAUCAAAUGGUAAUAUGGAAUUUCAUGUGUUUGCUCCAGGUGUACAUAAAACUUGUUAUAAAACUAGUGCAAGAAUUAAACAGCUACAACUUGAACAAGAUAGUGGAAAAAGUCUUCACGAUUUCGACAAAAGUUUGGUGGAUUUGAACAGGGCAGGUAUACCUCUGAUGGAAUUGGUUUUCGAACCAGAUUUAGUGGACGGAGAAGAAGCAGCUGCUCUCAUCAAAGAACUAAUGAUGAUAUUGCAAACAAUACAGACUUGUUCGUGCAAAAUGGAAGAGGGAGCAUUAAGAAUAGACGCAAAUGUAUCCAUACACAAGGACGGCGAACCGCUUGGCACAAGAACCGAAAUAAAAAACAUAGGAUCUGUAAGAGGAGUAGCUGGUGCCAUCAAAUAUGAAAUUCAAAGGCAAAUAAAAAUUAAGGAAAACAACGGUACUAUUGUCAAUGAAACAAGAUCGUGGAAUCCAGAGAAAAAGAUUACAGUGCCCAUGAGAGACAAAGAAGUCCAGCAGGAUUACAGAUAUAUGCCAGAACCAAAUUUGCCUCCUUUGCAUAUUGGUAUGGGGCCUGUUGAAAAUGGUUUUAUAAAUGCGGAUAAAAUUCGAGAGAAAAUACCUGAAUUGCCUGAGCAAAUACGAUGCAGGUUGAGAGAAACUUUUGGACUUACUUCUGAACAAAGUAUUAUUUUAGUGAAUGAUUUUCAUCUUCUAAGGGCUUUUGAAGAAUCGAUUUCUGGAAGAUCUAUUAGCGGCACAAAACUUGCAAAUUUUUUAAUAAACGAGCUUAAUAGAGCCUUAAAUCAAAUGGACUUGGAAUUGCAGAACGUGAAAUGCAAUCUAAAAUAUUUUGGUGAAAUUUUGGAGUUAAUUGAAGCGAGCACCAUUAGUAGAGCUACUGCUUUGUUGGUGACUGAGGAAUUAUUAAAAGGCAAUAUGGAUAAUCCCACAAAGAUUGUCGCAGAUAAGAACUGGAAGCAAAUCACAGAUGAAAAAGAAUUGAGAAAAAUUUGCCAGCAAAUUUUAGAUGAAAAUGAAAAAGCUGUAAAGGACUAUUUGAAAGGUAAAACAAAAGUUUUUAAUGCUUUUAUGGGCUACGUUGCCAAAAAAACUGACAAUAGGGCAGACAUGAAAAAGUGUAGUGAAAUUGUUAAGGAAUUAUUGUUACACCUUGAAAAUAAAAGACAACCUUAAACAAAAAAUACCAUUUUUUUUUGUAACAAUGAAGUUAUUCAAAUAAUUACAAUCAAUUAUCAUUGUAUAAAGUUUGUAUAAAAAUAUAUAGGUAACAAAUGGCACAGAUCACAAACUGCAUAAUAAAGAUAUGCAUUAAUCAACAAUAAUGCAAUAGAAAUACACUCAUUUUAAGCUUAUCAACUAUCAUCUUCAAUCUUAAUACUACUUUCAGCUUCUGAGACCCUUUCGGGAACAUCUAUUAUUGGAGGAGGUUUUUCUUUUGGCCUUUUCUGAGCGUAACUCAAAGCAUUCUUUUGGAAGUCCAAGGGCAAAACUCCUAAAUCACCACUAUAUCUAUUUUUG